GACGACGCUUCAACAAUGUUGACAAUGCCAUUGUCGGCCAUCGACGGUACAUUUAACGUAACACUGAUGUACGCCGUGGUGUGGACUAUUAACAGUCAUUAUGCCAUCGAUUCAAGCAAACCGCUGACUAUACUCAACUUUGCCACAUGGGAGACGAGCCGUGGCCAUCACAACGAUCUCAUUGAUGCAGUGCUUCGACUUGCCUCCAGCGCCAACCGCAUCAAGUUUCUUCUAGAAGGCGAACGAGUCGAUGCCCAGCAACAAGUGGAUGCAGUGCAGCCCCCACUAGCGCCAGCAAAUGCUCUCAACAUGCAGACGACAGCCAUCUGGUUGCUGGACAGUGUUUGGGCCUAUUAUCGCCUGGAGCGUCGCCUGCUGCAAACGGACGGCGCCUUCAAGCGCAAUGGCUUCUAUUGCAUUGUGUAUACGGGGGAGGAGGAGGAACGUCUCGACACCAUACGCUUGAUCUUUAAACGUCUCUUUGCCAUCUAUGUGAUCAAUGUGAAUGUCUUUAUCAUGGAUCGAUCGACAGCAUCGACAACGGCCCAAGUGCAUGUCUACAAUUAUUAUCCAUAUCGCGAGCUGCGCUGUCAAUCCUCGCUGCCCAUUCACUAUGCCAGCUUUAUGGGUGGCCUCGGCGUUCCUCCGCGAUUUCUUCUGCCGAAUCGCACGCUCUUCUUCGACGACAAGCUGGACAACAUGCAUGGCUGCCCGCUGCGCAUUGUCACCUUCCAGCAUCGUCCAUUUGUCAUCAUCGAGCCGCCGACAGCUGGUGGCCAGCGACGACUGCUUGGCAUCGAAGGUGAACUCAUUGCGCUGCUCGCCGAGCGCAUGAACUUUGCCAUCGAGUUGCUCGAGCAACCGGCCAAGGAUCGCGGCUCCGUCUAUCCCAAUGGCAGCGUCUCGGGCGCCAUGGGCAUGAUUGUGGAGGGCAGCGUCAACCUGACGUUCGGAGCCUUCAUGUACAGCAAGGAGCGCGCCCAGUACAUGCUUCCCUCGAUCACCUACACUAGUUUCCCCAUCGUGCUGUGCGUGCCUGGGGGUCAUCAGCUAUCGCCACUGCAACGCCUCAGCAAGCCUCUGGGUCACCUCACCUGGCUGUGUCUGUGGCUCAGCAUUGCGUUGGGAUGCGGUCUGAUUGUGUUGCUGCAACUGAUGCCACAACGCUGGCGACGCUUUGUGCUCGGUUCGGGGAAUACGACGCCACUGCUGGCACUGUGGUGCACUCUACUGGGUGGAACACAUCCGCAGCCGCCGCGUCGCAACUUCGCACGCUAUCUUUUGGUUCUGUGGCUGCUUCAGACGUUGGUGUUGCGCGCUGCCUAUACGGGAGAGCUUUAUAUACUGCUGCAGGACGGGAGGAUGCGGACGCCGUUGAGGACGCUCGCUGAGGUGCUGGACAAGAACUAUGUGUUCCACAUGCUGCCGGCACUGGAGAAUGUCUUUCGCGAUCUGUUGCCAGUGUUGCGCAUUCGCAUCGAACCGCAGCUGGACGCAACGUUGCGUGAGCUGCGCGACAACGAGGAGGCACGCAUUGUGGCGCCACUGCUGAAGCCGACGGCGUCUCGCUUCGACAUGGACUCGGGACCCAUGCGGCCACGGCUCAGUGUUCUGCCCAAUCCCCUGUUGACCGCUCCCUUGACGCUCUACAUGCGACCGCAUUCGUAUCUGAAGCAGCGCAUCAACGGUCUGCUCAUGAACAUGAUGUCCGCUGGAUUAGUGCAUCGCUUUCGUCGCAUGUAUCUCGAUCGGAUCGAGCAUUUGGCCGUCGUCCGCAAUCGUGAUCCCAGCCAGCUCUCGCUCUGGUUGCUUGGCGCCAUCUUUAGCCUCUACAUCAGCCUACAACUCUGCGCCUGCUUCGUCUUUCUGCUCGAGCGACGCAGCGCAGCUCCGCAUCGACAGCGUUUGCGUCGUUUCAUGGAAGCGUUGAACCACUUCGUUGCUUAG